UUAGCUCGCGGAGCAGAUCAGGUAAGGAGAUAAGGCUACAGAGUUUACAUUUUUGCCCUAGAAUAUAAAAUUGGACUGGGGGUAAACCUGGCUUUUACCCAAAUCUUACAGUUCGUCAGUCGAUUCCAGUUACUCCAUUUCUUCCAGUUCCGUGCCGCUUCCGCCGUGGUUCCCGCCGGCGUGGUUCGUUUCCGGCCACUUCUUCGAGCCAAGAGCUUGCAGUGAUUGUGCAUUAUUGGCUGCAUAUAGCAUGUGAAGAUGGUGUUAUCAUCCGUAAUCCGAUAUUUCUAGAAUUGGAAAAUGCCUGAGAUAACAAGCAUAGCGAAAGAAAUAUCUGAAAAUGGGACAGAUUCAUCUCAGGAUGAUAUUGGCACUGUUGAGGAAAUGCCUGAGGACACCAUCUUAUCACGACAAACAUCGGUGAACCUCGUCCCUUUCAUUGGCCAGAGAUUUGUAUCACAGGAUGCUGCAUAUGAAUUUUACUGUAGCUUUGCAAAGCAAAGUGGCUUCUCAAUCAGACGUCAUCGUACUCGGGGGAAGGAUGGCAUUGGUAGGGGGAUUACAAGAAGAGAUUUUACGUGCCAUCGCGGUGGCUAUCCACAACUAAAGCCUUCAGAAGAUGGCAAGCUGCAAAGGAAUCGAAAAUCAUCGCGUUGUGGAUGUCAGGCGUUCAUGAGAAUUGUUAAAAGAGCAGAUUUUAAUGUCCCUGAAUGGCGGAUCACAGGUUUCAGCAAUGUUCAUAACCAUGAACUCUUAAAGUCAACUGAGGUGCAGCUUCUUCCUGCCUACUGCACCAUGUCUCCGGAUGACAAGAGUCGCAUUUGCAUGUUUGCGAAAGCUGGGAUGUCAGUUCGGCAAAUGCUAAGGUUUAUGGAGCUAGAGAAGGGAGUUAAGUUGGGUUGCUUACCCUUCACAGAGGUUGAUGUCAGAAACUUGCUGCAAUCUUUUAGAAAUGUGGAGCAAGACAAUGACCCUAUUGACCUCCUCAAAAUGUGCAAGGAGAUGAAAGACAGAGACCCUAACUUAAAAUAUGACUAUAAAAUAGAUUGUAAUAACAGGUUGGAGCAUAUUGCCUGGUCUUAUGCUUCAUCAAUGAGGUUGUAUGAGGCUUUUGGUGAUUCUAUAGUAUUUGACACUACUCACCGCUUGGAUGCCUAUGAUAUGCUUCUUGGGAUAUGGAUCGGAGUGGAUAACCAUGGAAUGCAUUGUUUCUUUGGCUGUGUACUCAUUCGGGAUGAAAAUUUGCAGUCUUUCUCCUGGGCAUUGAAGACAUUCUUGGGCUUCAUGAAUGGCAAGGCUCCAGGAACCAUUUUGACUGAUCAGAAUUUGUGGCUCAAAGAAGCAAUUGCCACAGAAAUACCAAGGGCAAAACAUGCAUUUUGCAUUUGGCAUAUAAUUUCGAGGUUUUCAGAUUGGUUUUCGACACUUCUCGGAUCGCAAUAUGAUAAUUGGAAGGUUGAGUUCCAUCGCCUCUACAAGUUACAUUCUAUAGAGGAAUAUGAAGUGGGAUGGAAUGAGAUGGUCGAAACCUACAAGCUGGAUGAAAAUAAACACAUUGUCAGUCUAUAUGCUUUACGUUCAUACUGGGCGCUGCCUUUUUUGAGAUCUUACUUCUUUGCUGGAAUGACAAGUACAUUUCAGUCAGAAACAAUAAAUACUUAUAUCCAGAGGAUUUUGAGCGUGCAAUCUGUACUUGAUAAUUUUGUGGAGCAGGUUGCUCGGGUUGUAGGUGCUAAAGAUCAAGCUGGAGGAACACAUAAGGCACAGAGAAAUGUUCAAAAGGUUCCCCUGAAAACAGGUUCACCGAUAGAGUCGCAUGCUGCAACUGUUCUUACACCGUAUGCCUUCUCAAAACUACAAGAGGAGCUUGUUUUGGCACCACAAUAUGCGUCACUGAUGGUAGAUGAAAGUUACUUCAUCGUGAGACACCAUACAGAAAUGGAUGGUGAUUAUAAAGUACUCUGGGUUCCGCAUGAAGAGUUCAUUAGCUGUAGCUGCCAUAAUUUUGAGUUUACUGGUAUUCUCUGUAGGCAUGUGCUACGUGUGCUCUCAACAAACAACUGUUUUCACAUUCCGGACCAAUAUCUGCCCAUGCGCUGGCGUGAAUGUUCCUCCUCUUUGGCUAAGCCCGCCCUCUUUAGUUUACCAAGUGAUAAUACAGGAAAAAUUCAGUUAUUGCAGUCUAUGAUUUCUACACUGAUUACUGAAUCAGAAGAACGCCUCAAUGUUGUUUGUGAAGAAGUUUCUACGGUUUUAUCUCGCAUUAAGGGGUUGCCGACAACAUCCAAUGGGGGUAAUGCUAUUGCAUAUGAGAGCCCAUCAGACUCACUGAUUCUCACAGGGGUUGAGGAUUCUGACGGUAUUGGUGAAAGCUUCGCUUGUAAUCCUCACGGGUAUAUAAAUUUGGAAAAGUUGAAAGAGAGAGGAUCAAGAGAUGGACUGGAUCUUUACAGGAAGAGGAGGCAUCUUUCCGUCUUAUGUUGUGGGCAGUAUGGCCAUGAUGCAAGUGAUUGUCCAAUGAUGGAAGGUGAAGAUUUGAAUGGAGAUAGACUUGGCUUUUUAUAGUAAAGACUGCGAAAUGGGCUAGCACUUUGAGGAAAUAGGAAAUGUGAACCAACCUCUCUGUUCAUAAGCUGACAAUUCCCCCCUGUCAAUGCAAACCUUUUACACCCUUAAACUUUUGUUAUCCAGGAAAUCGACUCUAACAUGGUUGGAAUACACUUUCUAACCAAUCAGUCUUCUCUGUAACAAAUGGAGGACCUUCUUGCAGUGACCAAUGAAGGACGCGUUCUUAUUUUUGUCCUACCAACCCCAACUCCUAAAAGAAGAAGAAAAAGGAGCAUUUAAGAUGUACCACUAUGAUUCUCACGCAUCACGCCUCAAAGGGGAAAACAGAGAAACGAGGUUAGAUGAUAUAAUAUUGGGUUUUAUUUGAAAUACGACUGCUGCAUGAUACACAUGACUCUUUUCUCUCUUUUGGUUUUUUCCCCUUCGUACUCUGACCAUGACAUUCUGCGUCUGUUUCUAGAAGUGUUCUAUGGUACAAGUUGACUAAUGUGUGAAAACAUAGAUCUACAUUCCACUAGUUUGAGUUCUAUUCUAAGCAUAUCAAGUGUAGGUUUUGAUUAAAUACUUGUAUUUGUUUCAAACAACAGUUACAAGACUACCUAUAGGAUGUGAUACAAAUGGUUAGGCUGGUACUUGAGAUGCCAUAAUCUGAUGAGGAAACAUCUCUAGUCAUUUUGACCUUCAUCAGCCAAGGAAACUUUGCUUAGUCUGCUGGGCAAUGUCUUAAGAUCGUUCAUGUUCCUAACCUUUCUGGCUCUUCCUCGCCGGCUGCUUGAACCAAAUAUUGCUCUAUGUGCCAAUGCUUUGCCCAACAGCCUGUACUCAGCCCUGGAAACCUUGCUGUAAUCCUGCUGCCUUGUCUCGCCAUCAUCACACUGCUCUUGGCAGCUGCUGCUGUUAUAGGUUUCAGAAACUUCACAGAUUGCUUUGUCAGUGGCCAUUAUAUUACAACACAAAAGGAGGACUAGGGUGGUGGUGUGAAGGAAUCAAGAAGUGGGUGAACUUUUAUAUGUGACCCUUCUGGCUUAGUGGGAAUAAAUGUUAGUAGAAGACUUGGGGACAAAAGACAUAUGAAUGGGGAUGGUUAAGUUGGGUCGUUGGUCGUGGCAUGAAAAGGUAAAGUUGGAGGAGUUUUGAAGCAAAGUUUCAUAUAGCCGAAAGGUUACUCCUUACGCAAAUCCUUUUUCACCUAUCCAUGCAUUCAUCAAUGUCUCUUGCUUAAGAAGGAAUAAUACAUGACACUUGGUAAUCCUUUAAUUCUGGCAGUCUUCAUUAGUUGUACUGUAUCUUCAUUAAUGAGUAGCUGUAAUUCUAUCAA